CACACUCACAGGUAGCGCAGCGUCCACUUUUCAGCGAUGAAGUGGAAGUUGGCAUUCAGAGUCGUCAUCCUCACCAUUUUGCUCUUGGAAUUUGGACUCUGUCAGAAGAAAGGCCAAGACGCCGGUGACAAAAAGCCCAAAGUGAAGCCGAAGAAGACCAAAACGGUCACACCCAAACCCAAAGUCAGAGGCACCCCAGCCCCGCCCUCCCAGGUCACCCUCACACAGGUGCUAGACAAAGGAAAGUUCCGGAAGGUGGGGGACACAUUGAGUGUCCCAGCUGGGGGUUCCCUGGAACUCAGGUGCAAGGGCAAACCCGUGCAGUGGGCGGUGCCCUACUACCUGCAGGAGGAGGACGAGGGCCGGCUCAGGACGGUUCAGCAUGCACGGUAUGGUGCGCUCAUCCUGUCCAACGCUACAGGUGCGGACACGGGCGAGUACACUUGCUACCCCAUGCAUUGUGAGGAGAAAGACUGCCGGAAGGACUACGAGCGUGCGGUUAAGGUCUUUGUCUUCUUUCCCGACCCGCAGGAGCUGUUCGUGCCCUCGUCGGAUUAUUACGAAAUGAUUCAGCUGCGCACCAACCGCCCCACGGUGCUGCCCUGCCAGGUCACCAACCCUCAGGCCACAGUGACCCUGCACCGUGAGUUCCCCCCGGAGGAGCUCAAAGUGGACGGGACCGAGAUCUCCUUCGACCUGAAGAGGGGCUUCACCAUCCACAGGCCACGCCCCCACCACGCCGGCUCUCUCUACUGCGUGGCCAGUCACGGCAGGCUGCGGCAGAGCUCCGUCAAAUACGUCCUCAUUUACGUCAACUACCCCACGUCCCCUCCCUCCCCUGUGAUCCAGGCCUCCUCCACGUCUGUCCGUGUAGGUGAGAACCUACAGAUCAUCUGCUCUGUGAUGGGAGAAGCCAACGUGGCCAUCGAGUUCACCUGGGAUUACCCCGGGCAAGAGAUUGGCAGGCCGCUGUACACCGAGGACAGCGUGCGGCCCAUGCGCGGCAGUGGCCAGGGCCAGCAGCGGUCUGAGACCGUUCUCCUGGUGGACGAGGUCCGCGAGGUGGACGGGGGGUCUUACACCUGCACCGCCCAGAACCUUGAGGGGUCCCGCUCCGCCUCCACUUCUGUCAAAGUGCUACCGGCCCAACCUGCCACCCCUCGCUCCCGCAGGCCCUGAGACCAGCCCCUACCACCUACAACCUUCAUCCAGGACUGGAGGUUUCCACGGACACAGACAAUCCCCCAUGGACUCUCUAUCUCUCUCUAUCUUUCUCUCUGUCACACACACACACACACACACAGCGCUCAGGGCUUUGGGCUGCGCUGGAGAAAAGCACUGCAAAAGGAUGCACAGAAAAUAAAGACACGUUAGGGAGAAGCCAGUGAAUUUCACUGACUGGGAGGCUUGAGGCAUGAGAGCCAUUCUGUUCCAUUCUUCAGCAUGUAAUAUGAUCAUUUAUACCUGUGUUUUUUCUUAAUUAUAUGUUGUUGUUUUUUUUUUUUUGUUGGGUUUUACAUAUUUCUACUUCAUAUUUCUACUUCAUAGUCAUAUUUUAUGCCUUGUAUUAAUUUGCUCAGUGAAUGCAGUUCAGACAGUUAUAUCCAACAGUGUUCACUCCUUGUGUUUAAAAGAAAAACGAUGUGUAUUUAGAAUAAUCUUAUCUAUAAUAUUAUACCUGAGUAUCUCUCUCCCUCAUUCUGAAAAACAACCUGCCACUAAAAUGUACUUUUGAACUCGGACACAGCACACGUGACUCCUGUCAAAGCAGUUCAUUUUUAUGGUUGCAGAUCAAAUGAAAAGGAAUGGAAAUUUCCUUUUUGUGUAAUUAUGGAAAAGUAUAGAUGAUCAGGCUUUGUAUUUUUUGCAAGAACAUCUUUGUUCCAGUUAAAUUGGUGAAUAUGCUGGUUUUUUGUCAUUUUUCAUAAAUUGUAUGGAAUAAUUGUGAGUCAUAGUGGUGAUCUAAAUUUGGUGUCUGACCUACUGCAGGACAGGGCUGAAUGAGGCCAGAAAAACAAGCUCUUCUCUCCAGACAUGACAUUUAAACAUGCCAAUUAAAAGAGUCUUUUUUAUUUUUAGGCUAUCUCAGAACAGUGGAUGAUUACAGUAGUAGCUAAGGCCUUUCAGUCAAGGAAAUGUCCUAGCAGUGAGACAAUGUGGUUGCCUGCAUUAUGCUUUGACAAGAAAACUGUGCAAAACCUUAGGGAACUUAGCUAUUCUGUAGGCUACUAUGAAUUGUUGAUUAUGUUUGGUUUUUAUAUUUUACUUAGCACAUGGGUUGAUACAUUCAUUGAUGAUGUUAUAUAGGCUAGUUUUGGUCUGUUUCUGUUUUUGGUUGUGACUGAGAGAUUGAUGAAUGGUCACCUUUGUGACCAAGUGCAAGU